UCGGGGAAAGGGGAGGGGGGACAAACAUGGCCGACGAGGCAGGGGAAGUAAACACAGCUGUUGAAGAUGGCGAAGCAGAACAACAACUACAUGAGCCAGAAGUUUCUGAAGCCGCACCCGACCUCGAGUCCGGCGGCAGCGAGGAGCCGGAGCGGCCGGAGAAGGCGUCUCCUGCGGCGGCAGAGAGCAGCUGGUCGGCUCCCAUCCUGUCUCUGGCUCGGAAGGCCACGGAGACGAUUAGCAGCGGGGUAAGCUACGCUGCUGCCCCGAGAAACCCCUCUGCUGCGAGCGCCCCGACGGAGAGGGAGUCCGAAAAUGACCUCAACAACACUUCAAAAAAACUUCCAAUUCUUCCCCCCAAAGACCCCAUGGCUAUAGAAAGAUCCAACCUCCUCAGCAUGAUGAAGCUGAGCAUCAAAGUAUUAAUUCAGUCCUCCUUGAGUUUGGGCAGGACGCUGGACUCGGAUUACCCUCCUUUGCAGCAAUUCUUUGUCGUGCUGGAACAUUGCCUCAAACAUGGGCUGAAAGCUAAGAAAUCCUUCAUUGGUCAGAACAAGUCCAUAUGGGGACCUUUGGAACUUGUUGAGAAGUUGUGUCCAGAGUCUGUUAACAUUGCCACAAGUGCCAGAGACCUGCCCGGCAUUAAGACCGGCUUGGGUAGAGGAAGGGCUUGGCUACAUUUAACGCUCAUGCAGAAGACUGUAGCUGACUAUAUGAAAGCUUUGCUGGACCGCAAAGAUCUCCUGAGUGAGUUUUAUGACUCUGGAGCAAUGAUGAUGGAGGACGAGGGGGCUGUGAUUGGGGGACUGCUGGUAGGCCUCAAUGUAAUUGACGCUAACCUCUGUAUAAAAGGAGAGGAUCUCGAUUCUCAGGUUGGAGUUAUUGACUUUUCCCUUUAUCUGAAAGACACUGCCAACAGUGAGACUCCAAAAGACGAUUCAAAGAUGACCGCCAUACUAGAUCAGAAGCACUACAUUGAGGAGUUGAAUCGACACCUAAGUGGCACCGUCACUGACCUGCAGGCUAAGAUGGACUCUAUAGAGAAGACCAACAGCAAGCUUGUAAUAGAGCUGACGGCAGCGACAGACCGAAUCAACUCCCUGCGGGAGGAACAGGAACAUCUGAGAAAGGAGAAUGAGACAAUCGUGCAGUCCAGUCAGAAAAAGGAAGAGGUCGCCCUCAUGGACAGCCAGGUGGAGCUGGAGACAUACAAACAGACUCGACAGGGCCUGGAUGAGAUGUACAAUGUGGUUUGGACGCAGUACAAAGAGGAAAAGAGAAUUCGCCAGGAGCUGGAGCGUGAGUUGGAGCUGCAGGUGGGCCUGAAGCAGGAGAUAGAGGUGGCCAUGAAGCUGCUGGAGAAGGACUCUCACCAGAAACAGGACACACUGGCAGCCCUGAGGCUCCAGCUCGACCAAGUGAAGACUCUUAACCUGCAGAUGUUCCACAAAGCUCAGGACUCUGAACGAGAGGCAGAAAAAAAGCAUGCGGAGGCUUCACAGCUUGAGCAGAAGAUGGAUGAAAUGGAGAAAUCCAUGCAGGAACUAGAGCAGAGAUUACAGAACUCAGAGCGAGAGCGCAAACAGAGUGACCAGUCAGACAAAGAUAUGAAGGUGGACCUCGACGGGAAAGUGGAUGCUUUGCAGAAACAACUGACUGACCUGGAUUCGCUAAGGCUGGGUCUGGAGAAUGAGCUGUGCACUGAGAGGGAGCAGAGACAGAGCCUGCAGAAAUCUCUGCAGCGGGAACAAGACAACAGCAUCGAGCUCCGCACACAGCUGCAGCAACUGCAGGGCCUGAACGCCGAGCUGCAGGAUUUGAAGCACGAGAAGCAGCAGCUGCGGCAGACAUGUGAGCAGCAGGAGCAGGCUCUGCAGGAGAUGGGCCUGCAUCUCAGCCAAUCUAAACUGAAGAUGGAGGACUUCAAGGAGGUCAAUAAAGCCCUGAAGGGCCACGCCUGGCUGAAAGACGACGAGGCCACUCAGUGCAAGCACUGCGAUAAGGAGUUCUCCAUCGCACGCAGAAAGCACCACUGUAGAAACUGUGGGGACAUCUAUUGCAACAACUGCUCCAGUAACGAGCUGGCCUUACCCUCGUACCCCCGGCCUGUGAGGGUGUGUGAUGUGUGCCACGCCCUGCUGCUGCAGAGGAGCGUCUCCACAGCUUCCUGA